GAGAGCGCGCUCCGAGGGACAGAAAGAAGGCAGGCAGGCCUUUCCUGGGAAGUGUCUAGGUUCGGAUUGGAUCACGGCUCAAGGCAACUCGACCCGAUGUCUCCCUGCCGCGGACAGGGAGACCCAACUUUGACCCUCUGUUGCCCAGUCCAGGCAGUCCCCUACAUCCGCCGCCGCCGCCGCCAGUCCUGGUCCCGCUCGUCCCCGGCCAGCACCUGGCCCUAAAGCCACCGGGCCACCCCGUCUGCUUCUUGUCUCGCGCGCCUCCUUGGCCUGUAGCGCCUCUAUGAGUGCAGCUUUUCAGCCGUCUCUCAUGAUGAUGCCGCGCCCUUUGGGAAGCAGCACUGCCUUCAGCAUAGACUCGCUCAUCGGCAGCCCGCCUCAGCCCAGCCCGGGCCACUUCGUCUACACAGGCUACCCUAUGUUCAUGCCCUACAGACCAGUAGUCCUGCCGCCUCCUCCACCACCACCGGCCGCCAUGCCCCAGACAAGUCUGCCGCCCUCACACCAUCACCAGAUUUCCAGCCUACCCACCAGUUUUUGCUCCAGUCUGGCACAGGGCAUGGCUUUAACUUCCACCCUCAUGGCCACCCUGCCGGGCACAUUCUCGGCUUCCCCGCAGCACCAAGAGGCGGCGAGAAAGUUUGCACCACAAGCUCUCCAGGGCAGUUUUGACAAGGUGGAUGCCAUUCAGGCAGAAGCUGAAGACGGCAAGGCAUUCUUGGCCAAGGAGGGCUCACUACUGGCCUUCUCUGCCUCCGAAGCAGUGCAGGCUUCUCUCGGCACCACACGAGCAGCCUCAGGAAAAGAAGACGCCAAAGCGGAGGACGAUUCGAAAGGCAAAGAGGAAAGUUUCUCGCUGGACAGCGAUCUCGAUUAUAGCUCCGACGAUAAUCUGCCGGGCCAAUCGGCGCACAAGGAAGACGAUACUGGCAACGGCCUGGAGGAGAGCAGUCAGAACUCGGCGAACCCAAACAGUACCACUUCAACGGGAAAAAACCGCCGCCGGCGAACUGCCUUCACCAGCGAGCAGCUGCUGGAACUAGAAAAGGAAUUCCACUGCAAGAAAUACCUUUCUUUGACCGAGCGAUCCCAGAUUGCGCACGCCCUCAAACUCAGCGAAGUGCAGGUCAAAAUCUGGUUCCAAAACAGGAGGGCCAAGUGGAAACGGGUGAAGGCGGGGAAUGCCAAUUCUAAGACCGGGGAGCCGUCCCGAAACCCCAAGAUUGUGGUGCCUAUCCCAGUGCACGUUAGCCGGUUCGCAAUCCGGAGCCAGCACCAACAACUGGAGCAGGCCAGGCCGUGA